GGUAAUUAUCAGUGUGUGAACACUCACAGGGAUUUACGGGGAGGACGGAGGAGGUGAUGCAGCGGUCCCAUUAAAGUUGAAACCUCCAGAGAAUCUGUUUGUGUGUCGGCGGCAGGCGGAGCGGCUCCCCCGGUGCUCCCACCGCGCUCAGCGAGCGGCUGUACCCCGCCUCGGAGGCCAUGGGCUGCGGCUUGCGGAAACUGGAAGACCCGGAGGACAGCAGCCCCGGGAAGAUCUACUCCACCUUGAAGAGACCACAAGUGGAGACCAAAACGGAGACUGUGUACGAGUAUGUGCUGCUCGACUUCAGUCUGGAAGGUUGCCGUCCUACGGUGCAGUAUGUGUCUUCACUUUCCGAGCUGCCUCAGGCCCUGCAGCCAUACUACACACAAGGCUACAUCCUGGCCGCCCUGCACCCCAUCAUCCUGUCUGUGGGCCGAACCCGCUCACUACCCUUCAGCCUGCUCUACCGAGCCAUCCUCGCCCGUCCCAGACCCAGUAAGCAGCUGGCGUCCAUGUGUUACAGCGUGCCGUUGUUGAAGGUGGAGGAGUGGCCGUUACCUGGAGAGUCGCUGACAGGCGACACGGUCAGAGCGCUCAUCGACAGGGUGAACAGCAGUGCUCGGGGGGGCGUUCGAUUCGUUGCCUCGGUCCUGCAGCAGGUGAGCGGGAUCACCAACGGCCGAGUGCACAGUCCCAAGAGAGGCUGCCGCUCGCCUCCACGCAGCCCUCCGCGUACUCCGCCUGGAGACAGAGAGCUGGAGGAAAACACCUACAGUCCUGACUUGAGGUUGCUGGUCUUCUUCCACUCCUGGGCCCCGGGCUGUGCUCCUCUGGACUCCCUUGCCUGUCAGUACCACCAGGGGGCGCUCUCCAUGCGCGUCUCCAGGAAAGGUCAGGUGGUCAGCUCCCUGGAAGCUGAUUGGCUGGAGCUGACUGCCGCCUACUACCGCAAAGGCUGGUCGUUGGUUGACUCCUUCGUCUACUGGGACACACCCAAAGGUGAGCCGGUGCCCAGAUCACUGGAGGGAUUGUUCGUGUAUGAAGAGAGAAGCACCUCUUCACCGGCCAAUGACACCAUCGUCGUGGAGCAGUGGACUGUCAUCGAGGGCUCCAAUGUGAAAACGGACUACGGGCCUCUGCUUCACACUCUGGCUGAGUUUGGUUGGCUGCUCACAUGUGUGCUGCCCACUCCCAUCAUCCGUCACGACAGUGAUGGGAAUCUUGCCACAAAGCAGGUUGUGUUUCUCCAGCGGCCGGUCAGAAGUCCGGCAGCAGGACAACCAAGGAACCAGGCUUUGUCUAUGCACAGCGACGUGUCCAGUCGCUCUGUGAGUCGGGCGGUCAGCAGCCCCGUCCCUCCAGAGGAGCUGUCUCCGACCGCCGGAGGCAUCGGGGGCUUCCCGGUGUUCGGAGGGGGGUACCCCGGCGCCCUGUCCCACCUGGAGGAAGGCGGCUUCGAGCAGGAGGAGGGGAAAGCUGAAGUCACCUGUAUGUGAGCAGGACGGGAGCAGGACUACAGUUAAGGGUUUAAAACGUUGUUGGAUUACAGAAGGAAGGUCCACAGACUGGUUGACUGGGCCAUCCUGUUCGCGACACCCUUCUUUUUAACAGAGACUUUAAUGUGGAAGAACUCAGCACUUUGGAAUAUGUUUUUAAUGAAGCCAUAAUGAGAAUGAGGUAUUAUUUAGAUCUAUGUCUGAAUGGUUAGAGAGAUUUAUUGGGGGGGAGAACACGUCCAUGGGAGACACUUUCCACAUUUUAAAUCCAUUUCGAGGGAUUUGCACCCUGUGAUCGGUUCAGGUGCUGAUGGGGAAAUGGUCACGAUACUAUAAAAACUGAUUUCUGCACAUUUUGGCAACAACACUGGUGGUGAAAUGAGGGAAAGGGGCUCUUCUUUCUUUUACGACCCAGCUCACACGUCUUUAUAUUUGGAUUUCUUUCACAGUCAAACACAUUUUAAUUUCCCCUUAUCUCUUCUCAACCCCCUUUCUUUUAUUUAUUUUUUUACACCUUCCACACCUCUUACCUUCUUGUAUGACACAGCUCCUCGCUCCUCUCGCGCAGACCGAAGCAGGUUGGGAAUACUUAUCAGGGAGACUGUCGCAGUUUCCCUGUUUAUUUUGGUACUGACAGUAGUACUGCCGGAGUCAUAGUACUUUUGUACAGAUAACCGGAUUUCUCUGAGGAGGGUCUGGAGGAUUUUACACUUGUGGUGAUAGGGGCCGUGAUUAACUUGGAACUUAACAUUUCCUAUCAGUGUGUUUAAUCUGACUGCUGUCAUUUAAUAAUCAUUCUGGAAAUGGUUGUGUCUGUUAUUUAAUAUUUGAUCAGCCAUAAUAUGAUUUUUCUUCAGUAAAAUUGCAAAUUGCUGCUUUAGAGGUUAUAUGGUACUGGCAAUACACACCUGCUACUUUCUCUGUUAUGGAUUAAGUUCUUCAGAGACGUUAUUACAUUAAAACAAUGAUUACUGUGUCUUUAUUUCAAGUGAAACUCCACCGAUUUUACAUCAAAGUCUGUGUGCAGGUCUUAAGGAAGUACUACCACGUAUGUGGAAAAAGGUUGUAUGAAGCAUCGGUUGGGUCUGAAGACUACAGGUUUGAAAAGGAGUGAUCCUACCAGACAUUCACUGCUCCUCGCAUAAUAACACACACCUGAAUCUGUGACCCAACCGUUAGCGGACAUGUUGGAUUGUGGGUAAUGUAGGUGACAGGUUUUGAUAAGGAAAAGAAUACGUGGAAUAAAAAAAGCACUAUAUCUGGUUCUGCUGCAUCGAUUUUUAUACCUUUUUUUUUUUAAUAAUGAAACCAUCCAUUAAGAGUCUGAAAAUGUAGGAGUGCAAAUGUUAAAUCGGUGGAUUCCUCUUUCACUGCUAUGAAAGACAUAAGGUUUGUUUUUUUAAGAGGACAAUGCUGUUGUAUAUAUCUUAGAAUUGUGCAAAUUGGGAUUCUAAUUGUGAUGCAUGUUUUUUUGCAUUUUGGGGGAUCAAAUGUUUUGAAAGUACAGUUUAAUGUCCAGUGAUGUAUACACCGCCCACAAUUUGAAUCAUGUAUGUUUUAAAUGUAUUUAGCUCCACAAACUCCCCAUUAGGGUUUACUAAAUGUCAGUAUUAAUAUUGCAACCUUUCCUUUUUUGGAGAGUUGUACAUUUUGAUUCCUCUUUUAUUGUAUUAAACAGUUAUUU